AGACUUGGCAUUUUCAAAGUUUGCUAUGAAGUUUUACGGUAAUUCUAUAAAAGACAUAUUAUCUCCAUCUUACAGGUAGGGAGGUCAGGCAUGGCGAGAAGGAUGAGAGAUUUGCCUUUUGUCAGAGUAAGCCAGUGGCAGAGAUGGGAACAGAAGUUCUGGUGCCUGUCUCGCUUCUAAGCACUGAGCAUUUCUAAUUUGAAGCAGCCUUCUGUAAAUAUGGAUGAUAGUGGAUACUUCUCAAUUCAAGUUAUAAGCAAUGCCUUGAAAGUUUGGGGUUUGGAACUAAUCCUUUUCAACAGUCCAGAGUAUCAGAGACUGGGAAUUGACCCUAUAAAUGAAAAAUCAUUUAUUUGUAAUUAUAAGGAACACUGGUUUACAGUUCGAAAGUUAGGAAAACAGUGGUUUAACUUGAACUCUCUCUUGAUGGGUCCAGAACUAAUAUCAGAUACAUAUCUUGCACUUUUCUUGGCUCAAUUACAACAGGAAGGUUAUUCCAUAUUUGUGGUAAAAGGUGAAUUACCAGAUUGUGAGGCUGAUCAGCUAUUGCAGAUGAUUCGGGUACAGCAGAUGCAACGACCAAAAUUAAUUGGAGAAGAGACAGCACAGUCAAGAGAACAGAGACCACCCAAAAGUGAUGUGGACCAAGCAGUAGAAGUUAGCCAGCCUUUUGAUGGAACAAGCAUGUUAGAUGAAGAUGAGGAGAAUUUUCAAAGAGCUUUGGCCCUAAGUAGGCAGGAAAUUGAUAUGGAAGAUGAAGAAGCUGAUCUUCGUAGAGCCAUUCAACUCAGUAUGCAAGGGAGUCGUCGAACUGAGUUCUUGGACUCAGUACCGCAGAGUUUUCCACAGUCACCUCAAACCAGCCAGUCAGACUCAUUUUCUUCAGAAGAACUGCGAAGGAGAAGAGAAGCAUAUUUUGAAAAGCAGCAGCUACGGCAGCAAAACCAGACCCAAAACCUACAUGAUAAGCAAACUAGAAGUUCAAGCACCCUGGAAGCUGACCCAGGAGGUGAUAUGAGUGAAGAAGACAUGCUUCAAGCAGCCAUGAAUAUGUCUCUGGAAACUGUUAGAAACCACAUGAAUACAGAAGAGAAGAAAUGACAUCACUUUUUUCCUCUGUUGUCAAA